AUGUCGAAAAUACCGAAAGCAGCACUGAGCCUGAAGCAGUUCAUGCUCCGGCAAGAAGUGCUUAAGCUGUACCGUACCAUAUUUCGUACCAUCCGACAAGUUCCAGAUGCUAGCAGCCGGCGGGAACUGCGGGACUGGGCAAGGGCUGACUUUCGCAAUAACAGAAACCAAACGGAUGAGUUAGCCAUCAAAAUGCUGCUGCAGCAUGGUACCCGCAACUUGAAGGAGCUGCAAACCAGUCUCGAGCUGAGUGGAACCGGACCGACCAGUAGUUCGGACGUGAAGCAGAGCUAA